AAACUCUCAAAUCUUGCGUCAAAAUGUCAUCUAUUGGAAAAGAAGAUAUCUACGAGUCUGACGGAGCUGCAAGUCAAGUUCAAAAAAGUGAACCUGAAAAUGACAAUCCAACUCAUCCGGAUAUCGAACUGAUUUCGGUUGACGUUGACGAAGCUCUCAAAAAGUACAAAAACCGGGUACUGAACUUGACUUCAAGCGAUUUUUCUGACUCGAUUGCUAAAAAGCGGCGACACGCAUUUGGAAACAAUCAAUACGUAUUGGAAGUUACUGGUGCAGGAUUUUCGGGAACCGAGACUGCAGCCGAAAAACUGAAUCGCAUUUUGUACGAAGUCGCCGAUCUGAAUGAACAAAUUCGUGCUGAUGAAAAUCUUAAAACGGAUUUGCUCAACGCUGAGGUUCUUGAGAAUCUAGAGAAAGAAGUGAAAACGUUGCAAGUGGCUCAGUCAAAUGGAAAAACUGCACGAGUUGAGCAUGAUGUUGAGUUACCAAAUGUUCGCACUGACUCGAAAGUGGCAACUCUUGAAAAUAGGUUGAGAAGAAUCGAACAAGUUAUUGGAAGUUCGGUUAUUCCAUCAGCUCCCGUACUUGACACCAUUGAAGAUCUCAAACUCAGAUGCGAAACGCUUAAUCAUUCGUAUGUCUCCGGUCUUGAACAACGUUUGAAUAUGAUGCUUACCAAACUUGAAAAAAUCGACGAGACACGCGCCAACAAUGAUAUCGACGAGAAUCUUGACAAGAAAGUUGAUGAAAUUCUGGAGCUUAUGCAAAAAUGGGAUGUCGCUUGCUCAUCUCUUCCAAGCAAUGUUAAUAAGGUUAAAGCAUUGAACCGUCUUCACGAACAAGUUCAACACUUUGCCGGUGGACUAUCACAUUUGAAAACUAUCAGAGAAAAACUCGAAAAGGAAGUCGCGCAAGGAAGAGAAGCGAUUAUCGAGUAUGAGUCCCAAGGAAAGCAAGAAAUCGGGUCAGUGGUUGAAAAGCUGAAGCUUCUCGAGGCAAAAGUGGCAGAUUUGAAGUGAUUUUAUCGACCUUUCUAGAGAAACAAUUCAUAAUUUAUUGUGUACGGACAAUGCAACAUUAACUAAUCUGUUCGAUAUAUUUAUGUGCUUUAUUUUUGCUUUCCAUAUUUCCGAAUGAACCAAUCUCUAUUC